AUGUCUCAGGCUGAGGUAGACCGCGCCGAGUCUAUUGACGAACAGGAACGCGCAAGGGAAGCGGAUGGUGACAAGAAGCCCAAGUCUCGGAGACCAGCCAAUACCGCUUUCCGUCAGCAACGAUUGAAGGCCUGGCAACCGAUUCUCACUCCCAAGAGCGUCCUCCCGCUUUUUUUCAUCGUCGGGAUUGUGUUCGCCCCUAUUGGAGGUGUACUUUUAUGGGCCAGUUCUCUUGUGCAAGAAAUCGUGAUAGAUUACUCGGAAUGUGCGGCCAAGGCGCCAGUUCAUGGCACCGAGCCCAUUAGUGACCGAGUCUCUGCAACAUUCAAAACAAAGGCUUCGCAACAGCCUUACUGGAGCCAGAAGCCCAAUACCGGAAAAAACACCACUACUUGCUCGCUGGUUUUCCAUAUCCCGGAACAGAUGGGCCCCCCGGUUUUCAUGUAUUACCGCUUGACAAACUUUUACCAGAACCAUCGUCGAUACGUUCAGUCCCUGAAUCUGGAACAAUUGAAAGGCUCGGCUGUCCCCAAAGCGUCAAUCACCAGCGGAGCCUGCGAACCCCUUGCCACGGACAAAGCAACGAAAAAGCCAUACUACCCAUGUGGGCUCAUUGCAAACUCCAAGUUCAAUGAUACCAUUGACAAUCCCCGUUCCUUAUCAGGCUCCCAUGAGUCCUUUUAUAACAUGACUACAAAUGGGACUGCCUGGAGCAGCGACAAGGAGCUGAUCAAGAAGACUGAGUACAAACCGGAGGACGUGGUUCCGCCACCAAACUGGGCAGAUUAUGGUGGUCGCUAUACAUCUGAAAACAUGCCCAACCUCAACGAACAGGAGGAUUUCAUGGUUUGGAUGCGAACGGCUGGCUUGCCAGCCUUCAGCAAACUCUAUCGCAGAAAUGACUCGCAUCCGAUGCCAGAAGGAACCUAUCAGUUGGAUAUCGUCGAUCGUUUCAAGGUUACCGAGUACGAUGGCACAAAGUCGAUUCUGAUAUCCACGCGGACCGCCCUUGGUGGCAAAAAUCCAUUUAUGGGAAUUGCCUAUGUGGCUGUCGGUGGCAUCUGUGUGCUUCUCGGGGCUCUGUUCACCAUUGCGCACUUGGUCCGACCCAGGAAACUUGGCGAUCACACCUACUUGACUUGGGAUUCAAACCAACCCAGUACCGCCGUAGCAACGGGGCGCGAUGAUCGGUUUGGUGCCAGUGCCCCUUGA